UUCGAAGCAUUGACAACAUGGAAAACAAGAAAGUGUUUUUGUUGUUUUUUUCCUCAUCUGUUGGCUCUUUUCCUUCAUUGAUGACUUUAUUGGGGUCCAAUUUCUGGUCUAUUCGCCAUUAACGAGUUCAUUUGAGCUCGAAAAUUGCCUUCUCUGAUGGGGAGAGAGAGCACGUACUCACGCGAGGAUGGGCUCUAAUGGUGGGCACGUGUAAAGUGGAUCACGAUUAGCCAGGGUGUGGGGUCCACCGUUUGUGGUGUGCCAACACUCAACCGAAAAUGCAAAGGGUAAGACACUGAAGACUCAGCUCCCUGGACCGUGCAGUGCAAAAACAUUAGUGUGUUCUUUUUAAAGAGUGGGGCAACCUCAUUGCUCUCUCAUGUGAUGGGGCGCGGGCCCAAAAAGGGUGGGCUCUAAGGGACUGUUUCGACAUAGUUUACAGGGCGGCCGCGUGGUGGUCCCUACCAGGUUGGUUUGGUGGUCCGGUCAGAGCAGUGGAAAAGUAAUACAUGGGGUGGAGAUGAGACACGUGUCCGACGUAAUCUGUAAAUCUGGGUCGUCUCUUUGUAUCUGACACGUUGGGUGAUUGUUUCCGUGGGCCUGAUUGUAGUUUCUUUUAAAAGGAAAACGGAAAGGUGAUGACUGAUGAGGAUCAUAUUGGAAUUGGAUGCCGCUGAUCUUUAUUUGUCUUGUAAUAUCAGAGAGUUACAACCAAAUAAAAAUGUACCCUGUAACAUAUUAUUUCUCCUCCAACUGAGCUUUAGUCCUUUGAAAUGCAACAUCUCAUCUCAGUUCACAGCGUCUUUCGAGUUCGACAGUUUCAGCAGUUCGAGUGCCAUUGUGAAGUUUCUUGGUCGUAAAUUUACCAUCGUUCAAUGGAUCACGUAUCGGCGCUGCCGAUGGAGCUCUCUUUGCCCGAACAUCUCCUCCAACCAUUGUUAAGGGCUUCAAAAUCUUCUAACCUCAAAGAGGCAUUAGAAAUUCUUAUAGCAACUUCAAGAAUUGAUCAUGGCCGCGCUGACCUUGCUUCUAAGGAUAUUCUUCCUGCUGUUGUUCAGAUUAUACAGUCCAUGCCUUACCCUUCUGGACAUCAAUUCCUCACGCUCGCCUUAAAACUCCUCAGAAACCUCUGUGCGGGCGAAAUCACCAAUCAGAAACUUUUCAUCGAAUUGAAUGGACCAGGAAUGGUUUCAACUGUUUUGAGGUCUGCGGGGCUUGCUUCUGACCCAGAUCAUGGGAUAACCCGUAUGGGAUUGCAGGUUUUGGCAAACGUUUCUUUGGCUGGAGAAGAACAUCAGCAAUCUAUUUGGCAUUGCUUCUUUCCAAAUGAGUUUGUUGCGCUUGCAAAAGUCUCAAGUCGGGACACUCUUGAUCCUCUUUGUAUGAUUAUUUAUAAUUGUUGUGAUGGAAACCCUAGCCUGGUUGCAGAGCUCUCUGGGGAUCAAGGGUUGCCCAUUGUGGCUGAAGCUGUGAGGACUGCAUCUGCAGUUGGUUUUGGAGAAGAUUGGUUGAAGCUGCUGCUAUCAAGGAUCUGCUUGGAGGAAGCCCACUUUCCGCAGCUCUUCUCUGGAUUAUGUAGUGUUGGUGAGUCUGAAAACAGUGAAGAUAUUAGUUCAAGUAGCAGCAAUUUUUCAAUGGAACAAGCUUAUCUUCUGCGUAUGGUAUCAGAGAUCUUGAAUGAACGCCUUGGCGAGAUAAUUUCUUCAAUUGAUUUUGGAUUGUAUAUAUUUGGAAUAUUUAAGAGAUCUCUUGGGGUCAUUGACUCGAGCUCAAAAGCCAAAUCUGGCCUUCCAGUAGGUUCUGCUGCAAUUGAUGUUCUUGGAUACUCGCUUACCAUUUUAAGAGACAUAUGUGCUCAGCACUGUAAGAACGGUCUUGGUGAACAUCAAAUGGAUGUCGUUGAUAAACUCUUUUCCUAUGGAUUUCUUGAAUUGCUUUUAUCUGUGCUUGGAGACCUUGAGCCCCCACCAAUUAUCAAGAAAGCCAUGAAACUGAACGAGGGCCAAGAUGCAGCUCCUUCGCGCUCAUUUAGACCUUGCCCUUACCAAGGAUUUCGGAGAGACAUUGUUGCGGUCAUUGGCAAUUGUGCAUUUCAAAGAAGGCGUGUGCAAGAUGAGAUUAGGCAGAAGAAUGGAAUUCUUCUGAUGUUACAACAGUGUGUCACUGAUGAAGAUAACCCAUUUUUAAGGGAAUGGGGCAUCUGGUCUGUGAGGAACUUAUUGGAAGGGAAUGCAGAAAAUCAGCGAGCAGUAGCUGAAUUGGAGCUUCAAGGAUCUGUUGAAAUGCCCGAGCUUGCUGGACUUGGUCUCAGGGUGGAGGUGGAUCCAAACACUGGACGUGCAAGGCUUGUGAAUGUGUCAUGAAAGAUACAACCUUGUGCCCCUCGUAUGAGUCCAAUGGGCAUAUGCUUCCCUUCCACUUGUUGGUAUAUACUCUCUUUACUGGAGGGAUUCCUUAGAAAAUAGGCAUCUGAUCUUCUUUGGAGCGUUAUCUUCACCCUUGUGAUUCUCAGAUUUUAUCAAACUUAAAAGACGCUAGAGGUCUUUUUUAACUUGUAGCAAAUACUGUUCAGAAAGUUGUACAUAGGCUUAACAAGACUAGGGGCGUGUGGAUUAUUUGGGAUGAAUGAUAACUAACAUGAGAAGAACUUUCAUAGGGAUCUUUUGGUUCCAGAAUCAACGGGGUUCACUUUGCUAUUUUCUUGAAUUAGGAUAUAAAUUUUGCCUAGAGAUCUAAAAUUAUAAUUAUAGCUGCCAUUUGGGUCAGUUCGAGUGAAGUUGGACGAGAUAAAUGAAGUUUUCUGAAACCAACUGUUUCAUGCUCUGGAUUUUUCUCAUAAUAAAGAUUGGUGAACUCCUUAGCACACCUGAAUGUCCUCGGAAGGAAAAGAUGUAAUUAGAAAAACUUCUGCAAUGGUUCAAUGGUUUGUGGUGGUUCCAAAAGCAAAUGAGAAUUCUUCUGAUUCAAA